AUGGCAAAUGUUGGAGCCCAUUUCAUUUCUAAUGCAGGCGGCCCAGAUUGUAUCUUUGAGAGACUUGGUGGGCAAUCGGCGCUGGAGAAGUUUGUAGAGGGCUUCUAUGACCUCAUGGCCACGGACAAAGACACGAAAAAGUUCUUUGAGAAUCGAAACCUCAAGAAUCUGAAGAAACGCACCGUGGAUUAUCUAGGAGGUCUUUGGGGCGGUGCCGCCUACCGUGGGCCUGAUUUGUUCUUGGCUCACACAGGCCUUGGUGUCACUGUUCGGAUUUUUGAAGUCAUGAUGAAAUGUGCCGAGAAGCAGCUGAAGCUGAUGAAGGUGAAAUCUGGCCUCUCGAAGGAGAUCCUGGAAGACCUCCUUAGUAUGAAAGAACCUCUUUGUGACCCAACUGGGCGUUUGGCCAAGGAACGUCAUGCAAAAAAUUUGGCUAUGGGAGACCCAUUUGACGAUGCGGCCAAUCGAGCUGCAUACGCAGCAAAGCAGCAGGAAGAGCAGGAGCGUCGCAAGAAGAUAGCGGAGUUCAGGAAAAAGAAGCAACAAGAAAGGGAGGAGAAAGAAAGAGCAGAGAAAGCGAGAAAGGAGAUGAUGAAGGUUGCAGCUCCCAAAGCUGCACAGAGCAGUCAGGAUUCUAAGAUGGCAAAGAAGGCUUCAAACAAAGAAGCGAAGAUCGGAGGAAAGGAUGCAGAAGAUGAGAAGAAACUGAAGAAACCGAAGGAGCCAGAUGAGAUCAGUGGCACCGAAGGAACCGAAGUGGUCGAGCUAGAGAUCUCGCAGGCACCAAAGGAAGCAGUUGAAGCUGAGGCUAGUCAAAGUCUUGCCUCAGUCGCAGAAGAGCUGAUUGAUUCAGAGUACAACUCUGAGAGCUCUGAUGACUCUGCGAUGAAUGCGCACCUUGUGCUUCUCCAGGACAAAAAGAAGCUGGAGGCACCAAAAAGCAAGCUAGAAGCUUGGGCGCGUUCAGGCGAUUCUGGGCAGCUGUCAUUGCAAACCACCAUGGAUGGGGCAAUGAAUUCUGCAGUUUCGGAGGGAAGAGCAGCAACGAUCACAAGUGAUUCUGCUGCUUUGGAUGUGUGGUCAAGCGUUCCGCAGGAUUUUGCAGCGGAGCCUCUUCCUGAAGCCAGCUACUGUGACCUCAUGGACUGGCGAGUUUCCACGCCAAAAGAGGAGGCGUGCAUUUGUGGUACUCGGAAAGACGACCCUUUUGACCCGAAGGUCCUUGGAGAUGACUCGCGCGCCGAGCUUGAGGAACCAAUGGAACCGAAGUCCCACGUGAAAGGCGUCCUCUCGUACGACGCAAGCCUUGGCCAACCACUGCGGGGAGUUCCUAUUCGCGAGGAGCCCUUGUGGCUGCUCUCAACGGACGAUGAGGUGAUGUCGGUCACUGUCUCGCUUUAUGUAAAUGGCUUUGAGUUCAGACACAAAGGCAUUGAGCAUGCCUUCUCGUUCGUGCCCUUCAUUAUGGUGCGCAACUGCAAGUUUCAGGCAACGACCAGUCAUGGCGUCAACCUUGCAGAGUUCCGUUGCUUCAAGGUCUCCAUGUUCACCCAUGGCGUUUGCCUUUACUUCGGGGUGCGAGAGAAAACCUUUGAUCCAGGUGUAGCUGAAGAGAAGCGGUCUGCUUGGGUCUUGGACAUUUCCAGAGCCGUCCGGCUGGUCACUCAAUCACUAUUUCCCAGCUUCCAAAUUUGCUGUAGGCCUCUGGCGAGCGUGCCUCGCACAAGCCGACGCAUCAUGGCUGGGUAUUUAGCACACCAUGAUGACUCCAACACCGUCUCUGUGCUUUAUUGUGAACUUCAACCUCAGCAAGGUGAUAAGGGGCGCUUGGUCAUGUAUGACAACGAGAACUGCGAGGAUUGCCUCUCAGAAAUCAUAUUGACGCCUCGUACCACUUGCACUGAGAAGGUUGGCAUCAGUUGUACCUGCUUUACCGUGGAGCAGCACCUAUUCUCUGCCCGAACCAUCGCUGAACGGAAGUUGUGGCUGAGGGCAUUGUCGAACAUCAAGGUGAAAUUACAGCAUGGAGCUCCUGAAGCCGACGAAGAGGCGCUGCGGCAUUACAGAGUGGCAAUCCUGGAGCACGCGCGGACUACUGGGUGCAAUGACAGCCAGGCAGUCAUGGAUGCUUUGCUGCGACGGCAUGUAAAGCAAGUGGAGUUUCCAGAGAUGCCUUUUGGUUACAACCAGGAUGGGUUCUUUGCAGAGCCGCUCCAGCCUGAUGUGUCGUCACAUGGUAUAGGUUUGCCAGCGGUGGUGUCACUUACAAAGCAGCCAGAAUUGGCUGGCGCAGGAGAUGCCCCGCUGGAUGUCGAGUCAGAAACUCCAACUUCCUAUACCACUGGAGGUGGAACAAGUGCUGCUCUUUGAGACUUGGAGGCAUGACGCUAUGUGGCAGUGGGUAAGGCAGAAGAGCUGCCUUCCCGUAGAAUGAGAAGCCGCAAAUAGUGGCUGUGCUGUGCUUCAUGUGGCAAAGAAAGCCCUGAGCCCAGCAGAGUCCCGCUGAGCCCCGCUGAGCCUAGCUGAGCCUAGUUUGCAGCUUCCAGGCUUAGAAUGUUCGAAACAAAA